GGCGAUGUGGUUCACAGUCUUACAUAAAGCAGGGCGAGAGCCCGUCCCUCCAUCCUCAGCCACAGGCUCACAUCAGUAAUGAGAACAUUCAGCCUGUUCUUGUAUUACCAGCUAUCACUCGUCCUCGUUUCUCUGACACUAUUUCUGUAGCUCUGGUGUGGACAUCAAAGCUAGUAGCCUUGAGAUCGGACACAUUUACCCGAAGACACGUUUCAUCUUCUAUAUCGACCUAAAAUCCUGCAUAUUCGCAGGGCAAACAACUGAAACAGUUUUUUUUAUAUUCAGUCGCAGAUGGUUCAGGAAGGGUUUUGGCCAUACAAGGGGGGUUAUAUCCUGGCAUGAGCUAAAAGACUGAUAGACUGGUCUGCCAGGUCAAGGAACUGGAUUUAGGACAGAAUUGACAUGUAUCACAUUCAGCACCUCGCUGAAAUCCUCCAAAUUGUAGGCUUUAUUGCACAACAAUAUCAUUGGUAUAGCUUGCAUGGAACCACCUGGGCUGUAAAUGUGGACCCUCAAGUGUGCGUAGUCGUCACAUCGAGUAUGUCAGAAGAGAGGAAGAUGUGGAACAUCAAAAUAGCGCCAGGUGUCAUGCAUGUAAACCUACGUGUAAACCUACGAUGGAGUAAGAUAUUUGGAAAUACGCAUGAUGAUUUCAAGAAGCACAGUUGAUGUAAAAUGUCCAUCAUCAACCUGAUAUUAAGUUUGGUCCAGUGAACAUAUAAACAUAUAAAAGGGGCAAUCAUCUCUUCAUUGAAUCAGUCCACUAUUGGAUGAUGUUAAUACCAUGUUAAUCUGUUAAUUCCAUCUCUCACUGUUAACUUUGUUGAUAUUAACAUUAGCAAAAACAAAAUGUGUAGAUAUUACCAUUAAUAAUAGCAAUUUGUGUCAGGAAUAGCUUUUCAAUAUGCGAUCAAUAAUCGGUGAAUCCUGAGAAUACUUAGGAUAGACUGAGGAUAGAACCUAAUAACAUCAAUAACAAACAUCACAAUUCCAAAUGCACUAAAACACUAAAACACUUUUAACGGGGAAUGGACUGCUGGUAUGCUGGGUGACGUCAAUCCUUAUCGUUUGCUUUGGUCUUGGAUGCGGGAGCAGAGCCGUGUUGACGUGGGACGGACCCUGUCAGGCAGGUCUGCUGGUGUGUGGCGCUGAAGACAGGGUGUCCGUGUCUACCAUGAGCUCUACAUGUGUAGCUCAAGAUAAUUGCCCGUCUCUGUCUGCUGCUGCACCACCAGCCCCUUAGGGAACAAAGAGGUGUGGCCCUGGACAGGCUGCGUCCUACUAGUCGUGUUCCUGCACGCUGUGUGUGUGUGUGUGUGUGUGUGUGUGUGUGUGUGUGUGUGUGUGUGUGUGUGUGUGUGUGUGUGUGUGUGUGUUUUAAAGUCUAGCUCAUGAUUCCUGUCUGCCCUGCCUACCUCCAUGUGGGACACCUGUUUGAAGUGACCAAUAGGAGAGUGAGAGGCGUUACCCGACAGGCUCAGUAACGUACGGCAGGUCAGCCAGGCGCGGCAGCUAGACGUCGGUUAAGAGUUCACAACAUCCAAUCUACUUGGCUGAGGACCUCAGGGAUUUAGUGAUGAUGCAUGGCCGAGCACGCCGGCACCCGCACCUACUACUUCAGCGCAGACAGCCCCCAGGAGCAGGAGGAGUGGAUCAGGGCCAUGGGGGAUGCAGCCCAGGUCGCCGCCCCGCCAGCACAGAGACCCAGCCCUGAGAGCAGCCCCCCGGCCACAGAGCCCCCCCGCCCGGUCCCCACAGCUCCCGAGACCCGGCCGGAGCACCCGCCCCAGACGCUGCACCCGCCCCAUCGGGACGCCCAGCUCCCCCCGCACCCCAAGGUGAACGGGACGGCGGCGGCAGGGACCCCCUCCCCCUCCACGCCCCGCCCCGACAGGGAGGGGAGGGCGAGCGACGUCAGGAGAGAGGGGGGGGGCAGAGCAGAGGUGCAGGGAGGCGGGGAGGACGACUGCGGCCCCGCCGGGGUCCGGGGUCCCGGCGCCCUCCCUGCGCACCUCGCUCGUCCCGGCCAGCAGUCCAACGGCUGGUCCCACGAGGGCCCCCCCCCGCCCAACGGCCCGGCCCGCCCACACGUCUCCAGGCAGCCUGCGCCGAGAGCGCCGGGCGACCCCUGGCGGCCCCCGCAGGGCCCCGGCGGUGACGGGGCCGGUGGGCCUCCGGACCCCCGGGAGCUGCAGGAGAACUCUGUGCUGAGGAGGGGCUGCUUGGCCCGGACCGACCCGGAGCGGCUCGCCCAGAGGAAGAGCUCCAUGACGCAGCUGCAGAGAUGGGUCAACCAGCGCCGUGGCCCGGCCUAUGAGGAGCUCAGCAGCCCCACCCGCUACUACACGGUGAACCGGGGCGUGUCCGCCGAUGUCUACGGGGUCUACGGGGGGCCCCCGCAGUACGGGGACGAGUACCCACCCCUCUACCCGCCGGGGGCCCGGCCCGAGAGCAUCUGCUCCGGGGUGUCCGGGGUGGGCGGUGGCUACGACCGGCGCUGGACCCCCGAGGAGAGGCGGCGGUCCCUGAGGGACGGCCCCCAGGCCGCGCACUACGGGCCCCCCCUGGCCCGGGACCCCUGGGGUCCUCAGUACUACGGCGGGGGGGAUCCCCUGGACCCCAUGGGGGCCGCCAUGAAGCGCCUCUCCAUCCAGCCGCGGUCCCGCUCGGUGCCCAGGUCGCCCUCCUCGUCGUGCGGGGGCCCCUACUCGCCGGGGCCCCACAGCUUCGUGUCCCCGGCGCGGUCGCCCUCCACGUGCUACAACCCCGGGACCCCCAGGAGGUUGAGGGAGGAAGCCCUCUACGCAGACCCCUCCGUGUACCGGCUCAGGAGGUCCCUCAGCUCCCCAAAGUAUGACUACCCUGGUGACAGGAGGUCCCUAAACCAAGGAUUAUACUACUACAACAACUACCCUCCAUCCCCCACUAUCCACAGCAAAAUGGAGGAAAUGCUAGAGCUGCAGCUCCAGAGGAACCUGGAGUAUCUAGACCAGCAGGGGCAUCCCUUCCAUGACGUGUACAGCAGGGAGCUCCACCCCACCCUCAAGCUCAACGAGAUCGAAACCAGUAAACUUUUGGGCCGUCUUUGUGAGCAAAACAGAAUUCUGAAAGACCAAGAGGCUGUGGUCCACAGACUACGAAUGGAGAAGGACACCCUGGAGGGGGCGUUAGUGGCCACCCACCAGGAGAUGGAGCUAUACCACAGCCAGCCACUGAUCAUGGACAACCUGCAGUACAAGAAAGAGUCCCUGCAGAACCAGCUGAUCAACAUCAGAGGAGAGCUGUCCCAGGCCUCCAGCUCGUUGACCACUCUACGCAUGGAGUUUGAAGCCUUGGAGGACGAGGCUAACGCCAUCCACGGGGACCUCUGGGAGCAGCUGAAUGCAGGAGGCCAGAGUGAACUGGUUCACAGGCACAUCCAGAAGGAGUUCUGGAGGGUACAGGAUGUGUUGGAGGGACUGCACAAGAGUAAUUCAUCGAGAGGCACAGACACAUCCAAGCACAGAGCUGCCAGCGGCGUUUCCGGUUCCUAUAGCACCACUAGUCCGGCCAGUCCCAUGAGCUCAGUAGGCCUCACCAGCCCUCUCAGUCCCUUCUCCCCGCUGCCGGCCUCCCAGCCGUCCCCCACCAAACCCCCGGGCCCCGAGGACGUUGGUCCCCCGAGACCCCCACUCCCAGCGUCCUACUGCCCCUUGGAGUCCUCCCCUCCCUCCCCGCCUUCUGUCCCACCUCUGCCCUUUGACAGCGCCGCCUGGCUACGCAGCUUGGGCUUGGAUGCCAGUGCGCUCGAUGAGGACUCACAGCACAGAAAGCCCAAAUAUGGUGAGCGGAGCAGUAAGAAAGAUGUCAAGGAUCAAAACGAGGAACAGGAGAGACAGGCUGGCAUGAAUAAAGUAGGCAUCGUUCCUCCCAGGAGCAGGUCACCCACCGACGAGGCCCAGAACGUCGACGGGGUCUUCCGGCGACAUCGGAAAGCAUCCAACGGGAUCUCAAGGGAGCGACCGAAGAGCGCCGUGUUCCCCACGGAGAUCAGGUCCAAGAUGAGUGCGGAGGAGCAGAUGGAGCGGCUCCGUCGGAACCAGAGCAGCUCUGUGAGGGACAAGAGGCGCAGCCUGAACCUGGCCGGGCAGACCGCAGGCAGCUACAGGGUGGUGCGGCGGAGGCUGACGGCCCAUGAGGUGGACAUCAAGGACCUCGAGGCGGCUGUGCGCGGUGAGGGUCUGGAGUCGCCCCGCGAGGAGAUCGCCCGUCUGCGGCGCGUGCGGCUGGAGCCAGACCACUACGAACUGGACCACAGCAGGGAGCUGCUGGCUCCGGACAAGGUGCUGAUCCCUGAGCGCUACCUGGACCUGGAGGUCAGCGCCCCGCUCAGCCCCGAGGAGCAGAGGGAGAAGCAGAAGAAGGUGGAGAGGAUCAAGACUCUCAUCGCCAAAUCCAGCCUCCAGAACGUGGUCCCCCUGCUGGACGGUCCCACGGAGGGGGGCCACUCGGAGCAGCACCUCCAGGAGCAGGAGAAACGCAUCGAGAUCUCAUGUGCCCUGGCUGCCGAGGCCUCACGCCGCAGCCGCCUGCUGUCCGCCCAGUGCGUCCCGAGCCCCCCCACCUCCCCCACACGCCUGGCCCCUCCCCCGUCUUCUGCUGACCUCCCCGCCUCCGCCCACAUCAUGAGCGUAUGAGCCCCACCGAGCUCUGUCGCUGGCUGCCGUCAGGUUUGAGCGAGAAUCUUUCUGAGGAUUUGGGACACGUGGAAGAGGACCAGGGAACCAUGGAUUUAUUUCUUCAUCAUGUUGUUUGAGGAGGUGCUUCUGAACGGCUUUGGCCUCUUCGAACCCAAGAGGCCAAAGCCAGCUGGAAGGCCUCUGCCUCUCAGACUCCCCCAUGCGGGGGACACACAUGUUAGUUUCACACCCAAACGGCCCAGAAAAGAGGAACGUCUCCUACAUAGUUACCACUAAUUAUAUUUUAUUGAUUGACCAUGGAUUGAAAACUAAAGAUAUACAUGAAUUAAUGAAUUCAUUGAUCAAAUAUGCAGACAUUUGAAAACGUGUAGAAGGAGUCAGAAAAGCAGAGGUUUAUCUAAAGACCUCUGGUCUUCAUAUAUCUCCUUUCAGCUGAAAGGUCCUCAAAAGGGUCACUUUGUACUUUGUGAGACUGGGUUUUCUAAGACAGAGAUAGCGCACUAGCAGGCUUACAGGGCCAUUGACCCGAGCUGGGUCCACAAGGAUCCCUGUUGUCGACCCCUGGAGAUUUUUAUAAUGGUUCUACAUGACAGUGCCCACACUCAGAUUUUUUUAAAGGACAGAGAGCUUAUUUUGAACGCACUAUGAAGCCUAACUUAAACCUGACCCCCGACCCUUUUAAGCAAAUGUCUUUUACACAAAACCUUUGUUAGCCUUUUUAUAUUUGCCUGAAGGAGCACCACCACCUCAAUGGGAACCACUGUGUCUAGCGCCUGGAAUACAUGUUUAUUUUUUAUCUUUAAAUUAGUUUAAUUAUAUCCCUCAUCACUUGUUAAAGUUCUGUGGACAUACAUUCAUAAUCUUCAUGUUAAAAUGUGACCACUGCUAGAGGAAAUAGAAGUGACCUUAGAAAUGUAAGUCUGCACAUUGGGACAUAUGUGCACGGCUAGGCCAGCAGAUUACAAUACCUUCAUGUCAUAGUUUUAUCUGAGAGUUAUCAUAUCAUAUAAUGUAGUGCCAUAUAAUUCCUGUAUAUUUUGAUAAAGAAUAGAUUUUAAUCAGAUUGAUAUUAUGUUGACACACUGAUCACAGAACAUGCAUUUCAU